UACCUGGAUACCUGCGUGUCUACGGCGUGUUUUUUGUGUUGGUGAUUUCGUUGUGAGAUUAUAAUUAUUAUUAUUAUUAUUUUUUGCAUCUUCACUUGAUUGUGCUGCGCUCACCACUGACCAAUCACAAGCCCAAAGCGAGCUAGCGUCAAGCCUUUUUUUUGUGUAUCUGUCUCAAUGAAAUCACAAUGAAUCCCCAGAAACAGCGUGUGUAUAAGAUUUACUGCUAGCUGCAGCCAAGCUUUCGAUAUAAAACGCGGCCGCUUUCUUUUUUUCCCCUCAAGGUGCAGCGGUGAAUUGGAGAAGGACAAUGCCGAACGACAGCUCCAUUUCAAGACCUGUUUAAGAGCUUAGCGGCACGGGUAUGCCGGGUUUUGAAACUCCGACUGACGGGACAGUUAGAAUUAGGAACCUCUACUAACACCCCCUACCAUUGUAGUGCUCGCUAAGAAACAUUCUGGCAUUUCUUAAAAGGGAGGAGUAACACAGAGGGACGGUGUGCAAUGCACACUCGCAGUGCUGCUGGCGCUGUCUGUGCUUUCAGACGCUGUGUGCUGUUUUCCAGAGCCUCUGCCUUUCAUACCCUUCCACACCAAAGCUGCGGAUAGCGACAGGACUCGGGAACAGAGCGUGUGUGGUUUGAAGUGAAGAUCCUUGCUUAUAUAUAUAUAAUAAUAAAAUAAUAUAUAUAUAUAUUUUUUUUUUCACCAAAUGUUCACUGGAAACGGACGGGACGUAUUUUUCUUUUCCCCACGAAUGCGCUCAACCGGAAAAACGCAAUGAAACGGAUUGCACUGUAUUGUCUCUCUCCCCUUGCGACUGUAUUUUGAUCGCCGUGUCUGUCCCUGCGCUUUGCUGACUGCGGGGUGCUGGACAAUGCCAGUAUACAGGCGGCAGCUUCACUGAGACGUGUUCACAUCGGGUUGGUAAUAAAGGAAUCGACUGUUUCCACAUCAGCCAGGUGCGCAAUGAUGUCCGCUCCCAUCUCGGAUUGCCAGGCCCUGUAUAUCGCGGUGGAGCUCUUCGUUGCUGUGUCCUCUGUGCUGGGUAACGUGAUGGUGGUGUGGGCUGUCAAGAUUACCAGGGCGCUGAGGGACACGACCUUCUGCUUCAUCGUUUCGUUGGCCCUCGCAGACAUUGCGGUGGGAGCGCUGGUCAUCCCCCUGGCGAUUAACCUCAGCAUAGGACUCCAGACCCAUUUCUACAGCUGCCUGCUGGUAGCGUGCAUUGUGCUGGUCCUCACGCAGAGUUCAAUCCUGGCGCUGCUAGCCAUUGCCAUUGACCGAUACCUGAGGGUGAAGAUACCGACAAGCUACAAGAGGGUGGUGACCCAGAAGAGGGCCGGGGUGGCAGUCCUGGUGUGCUGGGCAGUGGCUUCCAUCGUGGGCUUCAUCCCCAUGCUGGGCUGGAACAAUCUACAGAAGAUCAACUCCACAGACCUCCUGAUCACCUGCCAGUUCGAGAACGUCAUCAGCAUGGAGUACAUGGUUUACUUUAACUUCUUUGGCUGGGUCCUGCCCCCGCUGCUGCUCAUGCUGCUAAUCUACACGGAGAUCUUCUGCAUGAUCCGCAAGCAGCUCGCCAAGAAGGUGUCGGCCAGCGCCUCCGACCCCAGCAAAUAUUACCACAAGGAACUGAGACUGGCCAAGUCGCUGGCGCUGGUGCUGUUUCUAUUCGCAGUCAGCUGGCUACCCCUUCACGUCCUGAACUGCGUUACCUUGUUCUGUCCCUCCUGCAAAAAACCGAUGGUCCUGACUUACACCGCCAUAUUCCUGAGCCACGGCAACUCAGCCGUGAAUCCCAUCAUCUACGCGUUCAGGAUCAGGAAAUUCAGAACAGCAUUUAGCACAAUCUGGAGACACUACUUCUGUUGCAAGAAAACCCCCGAUCCUGAGAACAAUUUCCAGAACGAGAAAACUGACAAUCACGCCGAUCAGAACGCUCUCUGAAGCGCAGCUGCGUGACACAGACAGCUUUCACUUUUCCGUGCAUUAUCUAUAUAAGCAAUAAGAGCGCAGAUUAUUUAAAAACCGUGCUCGGUCUGUUGCAGUAGAGCUGCGCAGUGCCUAGUGUCCGCGCUGUGAAACCGCUCCUCGUUCGCAGUAAUGACCAUUCAUUGCCAGUUAUCAUGCCGGCAGAGACUUUUGAAAAAUACAAGAGACAAUUUUCUUUAAUGAAUGACUGAAAUCAUUGUACACUGAAUAACAUAAGCACAUAUAUGAUUUAAAGCCUCGACUACCAUUUUCACACUAAUAUGGACACAAUUUCCACGCACCGCUGAUUUGGUAACAUCUGUAUUUCUAUGUUGUGUCACUUAAGUUUGUUUUUCGUAGUGCUGCAUAUUAUAUUAACGUGUGUAAAGUUUUGUGGAUGUUGGAAAAAUGACCAGUGAUUGUCAUAUGCAAUCUAUUGAAAGUGUAGCGUUGUGACCCAGAGAUACAGACACAAGACCUGUUACACCUAAAUAAAGAGACUUUUAUCGA